AAACCCACAAAAACUCCCACUUCCCACUUCCCACUUCCCACUCCCAACACACAAACACACUUAACUCCUCAAUCCCAAACCAUUUUUUUCUUUUCUUCUCCUUCUUUUUAAGACUUGCAAAAGUUUGCAGAGUGAAAAAGAGAGAUCUUUAUUUUUGUGCAAAACACACACACACACCCACACACACUUCUCAAAGAUAACCAAAAAAAAAAAAACAAAAACAAAAACAAAAGGAAAAAAAAAAAGGGUAAAAUUUUGUUUUUGAUGGCUGAGGGUAUUGAAUCCUACGACCAUGUACCUCAACAGAGCCGCCGUGACAAGCUCCGUGAACAUCCCGACCACCACCACCGUUCUAAUUUCCUACCUUUCUACGACCCUUCUUCUUCUGACUCUUCCAAUCGCUUCCAAUUUCACCACCAUCCUUUUUUCGACCCCCAAAUUCAAUCCCCUAUUUUUCCUGAAAUCCACUCCUUCCCCACCGAACCUCUUUCCCUUUCCCUCUCCUCUCACCCUAAUUUUCUUGCUUCUCCUAUUACCCCUCCUCUUCCUCUUGGCCCUUUCACCGGUUACGCUUCCAUUUUAAAAGGCUCCAGGUUCCUCAAGCCUGCUCAUCACUUGCUUCAAGACCUCUGUGAUUCUGUUCAUUAUUCCUCCUCCUCUUCUUCUUUCAUCCAUGAUCCUUCCUCUGAUUCCUUCCCCCAUUCCCCAAUUCUUGACCAUCACUACCCUCUUCCUUCUUCUUCCGAUUCUUCUACUCCUCCUCAUAAAUCAACGCUUCUCUCAAUGCUUGAUGAGGUUUACAGAAAAUAUAAGCAGUACUAUCAACAAAUCCAAGAAGUAAUGACAUCAUUUGAGUACAUCUCGGGGCUUGGGAAUGCAGCACCAUAUGCUAACCAGGCUAUAAAAGCCAUGUACAAGCAUUUCAAGUGCUUGAAAAAUGCAAUUCUAGACCAACUUCAAUUCAAUAAAAAAACUCAUGGUGACUACAAUCAAAGAUCCGUUCAGAACCCUGGAUUUCUCGACCAUCAGCCUGUUUGGCGACCACAACGAGGGCUGCCUGAACGAGCAGUAACCGUUCUUCGUGCUUGGUUGUUCGAACAUUUCUUGCAUCCUUAUCCUUCUGAUACAGACAAGCUUAUGUUAGCAAAACAGACUGGUCUGUCUCGUAGUCAGGUAUCUAACUGGUUCAUUAAUGCAAGAGUGAGGCUUUGGAAGCCAAUGGUUGAAGAAAUAUACAUGCUAGAAACCAAGCAGCAACAAACACAGAAGAAUUUACAUAAAGAAGAUCGAACCACCACCAGAGUAAACGAUCAUCAUCCAUCGAACCCGCUCACAAUGGAAAACCCUUCUACAUCCACUCAACAAAUUCAAGAUACUCCUCCCAAGCGCACUCGAAAUGAACCUCCCGACAUGCCAAUGGGAAACCAUGACGAGCCCUUGAAUGUAUCCUACAACUUAUCAAGCCAUCCCCAUGUUGGAGCGAACGUAAACAUGGCGGGUAACAACGGUGGAGUUUCCUUGACUCUUGGUCUUCACCAGAAUAACGGUAUAGGUGGCUUUUCUGAACCCUUCCCUGUAGGGUUCCCUGUCGCAGCCACUCGACGUUUUGGCCUAGGAAUACAAGGAAACAGCGAUGGGUAUGUGAUGGGUGGACAUUUCAGUCGAGAUGUUCUUGGAGGGCAGCUGUUACAUGACUUUGUGGGCUGAAACUGAAUGUGUGGUAUUUGGAGUUUAAUAUGAUAGAGAAAACAAGAAGUUGCAUAUUAUUUUGGUAGUGAUGUUGUAUUAUAUACCAUAUAUAAAUUGUGGGGGUUUAGAUGAGCACUACUAGAGAAGAAGCACGAGCAAAAGAAAUUCAAAACCUGUAAAUGGCUUACCUCCAAAAUCCUACCAGAAAAAGAAAUUUGAUACAAAAAGGAGAAUUGCAAUGACCAAAAUGCCAUUGUUUGCCAUUGUAUAACAAUUUGGAAAUGAAUGAGAGAACAGAAGAAAAAGGGGUUUAUGAACAUAUGUAGGUGGUGUGAGUUCCUGGGCAUUUGUGCACUGCCUUUGCUUUUUAUGGGAUCAAUUAUAAUAUUAUAUAUAUAUAUAUAUAUAAAUAU